CAAUGGCAAAACACCAAGAAAUGACAAUACGCAGUGCACUCGAAGUACAAAACACCAAGAAACGAUGAUGCACGGCGCACCCAAAGCACUGGAAAAACACCAAGAAACGAUGAUACAAAGUAACGGCAAAACACCAAGAACCGACGAUACACAAUGCACCAGAAAAACGACCACACUAUCAAAAUCAAAGGCAGCAUCAGAUGGCACAAUCACAAACGAUGGCAUUUUCGGACCCAACGAAACAAGACAAGGCAUGUAUGCAAGACCACCCACCAGAAGAAUGCUGCCCAUGACCCAACGAAACAAGACAAGGCCC